AUGGCGGUGAAGGGGCGGUACUACAGAGGUCCGUCGCGGAAAGCGGCGUCGUAUUCCACGGUCAUUUUCGCCGCGCUGAUUGGGUUUACGUUGUUGCUUCUCGUUCUGUUGGCCCUCGGUUUAUUAUCCAUCCCCAGCAGCUCCAGAGGUGAUACUAAUAAAGCCCAAGAUCUCACUACUAUCGCCCGGGCAACUAUUGAAAGAGGUCAUGAUGACAAUGAUGGCAGAGGUGAUCAGUGGGUUGAAGUCAUAUCUUGGGAGCCCAGAGCUUCUAUUUACCAUAAUUUCUUGUCUGACGAAGAAUGUGAGUACCUGAUUGAACUUGCGAAGCCAAGUAUGCAUAAGUCAACUGUUGUGGAUAGUGCUACUGGCAAAAGUAAAGAUAGCAGAGUUCGUACAAGCUCUGGAACAUUUCUCCCUAGAGGACGUGAUAAAACAAUCAGGGCUAUUGAGAAAAGAAUUGCUGAUUUCACUUUUAUACCAGUAGAGCAUGGGGAAGGACUCCAAGUUCUCCACUAUGAGGUGGGUCAGAAGUACGAGCCUCACUACGAUUACUUUCUUGAUGAAUUCAACACCAAGAAUGGUGGACAGCGCAUAGCUACAGUUCUUAUGUAUUUGUCAGAUGUUGAAGAGGGAGGAGAAACAGUUUUUCCUGCAGCCAAUGGUAAUAUUAGUGCUGUUCCUUGGUGGAAUGAGCUCUCUGAAUGUGGAAAGGGAGGACUCUCUGUGAAACCAAAGAAGGGUGAUGCUUUGCUGUUUUGGAGCAUGAAACCCGAUGCCAGUCUUGAUCCUACUAGUUUGCAUGGUGGUUGCCCCGUUAUCAAAGGGAACAAGUGGUCAUCAACGAAAUGGAUGCGUGUCCAUGAGUACAAGGUGUAA